AUGGAUUCAUACAUUUUUCCAGAUCAAGAAAAUCUUCCCUUGCGGGCCACGUCCGGUCCCAAACUGCCCCAGGUCAGCGAGAGCGCUGUGGAGCCAACAGCGGAUGAAGGUCGUACAGCCUUGGACUCGCCCAAGCUCACCACCAAUGGCACUGCCCAUGCCAUUCUGGCGACCUCCCUGACAACCCGAUGUCAAGAGGGAGUGUGUCUUGACCCCCAGACCCGUCAGCGCACAAUUGCUGCCGCCAUGCGGACGAUCCUGCAAUGCCUGGGCGAGGACCCCGACCGAGAAGGCCUCGUCCAGACGCCGGAGCGAUACGCGCGUGCCAUGCUCUUCUUCACCCAAGGCUACAAUCGCGCCGUUCAUGAGGUCGUCAAUAACGCCAUCUUCACGGUUGACAGCAGCGAGCUCGUGUUGGUCAGGGACAUUGAUAUCUUCAGUCUAUGUGAACACCACCUGGUUCCCUUCCACGGCAAGGUCCAUAUCGGCUACGUCCCGAACGGCCGCGUCCUGGGCCUGUCCAAACUGGCCCGCGUCGCCGACGUAUUCGCCCGCCGACUGCAGAUCCAGGAACGUCUCACAAAGGAGAUCGCUCACGCCAUCGAGCAGAUCCUCAGCCCCGUUGGAGUCGCCGUCGUCAUCGAGUCCGCCCAUAUGUGUAUGGUCAUGCGUGGUGUGCAGAAGACUGGUGCCAUCACAACCACCGCUUGUAUGACCGGGAUAUUAGGCAAAGACCAGGAGCUGAAGAGGCACUUUUGGAGCUUGAUGCGACAAUGA